CACUUCUGUGUUUCUCUCUUAUGAAGCUUGUUUUUCAGCUCUUCAACUUUGUAUGUAAGCAGAAAUGGAUGUGGCAGCAGGAGACAGAAAUUGCACAAAUUUCAACAGUGUGUUCACACAGCAGGUUUUGCCUUUAUUCUACUCCAUCCUCUGUGCUUGUGCGUUUUUAGUCAAUGGAUUUGCUGCUUGGAUCUUCUUCAGAGUUCCAAGCUCCUCAGUCUUGGUGGUUUACCUAAAAAACAUGGUGGUGGCUGACAUUCUGAUGCUCUUCACAUACCCCUGGCGUGUGGCGAGUGACCUGGGCUAUGGUGGCUUGCAGUUAAAACGCAUAGUCUGCCGCUUCACUGCUGUACUUUUCUACUUAAGCAUGUACACUGGAAUCAUAUUUAUGUGCCUUAUCAGUUUGGAACGUUAUUUUAAAAUUGUUUGCAGCAUGUCGAGGAUAUCAACUUUUCUACAGCGUGUCACUGUGGGAAAAGCUCUGGCACUCUUAGCAUGGAGUGUUAUGAUCAUCUGGAUUUUGCCGAACUCCAUAUUAACCAACCAGCCCAUUCCUAAGAAUUAUUCCUGCAUGGCCCAAAAAAGUUCACUGGGUCGACGCUGGCAUGAAAUUUCUGUCCACUUCAACGUCGGAGUCUUCUGGGUGGCCUUCCUGUUGAUCAUGUUUUGCUACACCUCUAUAGCAUGUCAUGUGUACCGCUCCUACAGAAGGGUGCAACAGGAUAGCAGUGAGGCAGGACGACGGUCAAAUCGAAGCAUCUUCAGCUUGCUGGCUGUGUUUUUUAUAUGUUUUGUGCCUUACCACAUUUGUCGUGUGCCCUUCACACUUAGUCAAGUGAAGAAUUGUAACACAAACAACUACUUCAUUCUCCUCCAGAUAAAGGAGGCCACACUCUUCCUGUCUGCUUUUAAUGUUUGCCUAGAUCCUGUCAUUUACUUCUUAAUGUGCAGAACCUUCAGAAAGUCACUUUUGAAAAAGCUGGCUUCGGUAAAAGUUAAAAACAGAAAGACUGAGCAGUCCAGCAGUAAUUUGUAAAGGGAAUGAGAGUAAGAACAAUUGGCAGGGGGAAAAGGAAACGAAGGUUGGACAUUACAUUGGUGCAAAAAAUUUUGAUUGAACCCUAUUCAUGAUUUCCUUGCAUGAAUGUAAAUAGCAUAAAGAAAUGAACAUGUGUAAUCAUAUUAACUCUCAGAAAUUACACAUCUUCUUAUUUCAUGUGUUGUCACAUGCCAGCAGGUCUUCUCAGGUAUGUUAUUUUAAUAAAAUUUUAAAUCCAUAUUCCAUGUCAUGUGAUUAGCUGAAUGGUGUAAAGUACAUCCAGCCAGUUGUCAUCACAAAAGAAAACACUUCAGGCUGACCAGGAACACAAUGCUGACCUUCCAUAAAAAAGGACUAGGCUUUCAGUCAAGACACGACAUUCAAACAA